AUGGAUCUUGAAAGACAACCGUUAUUAGGAAAUACUUCGGAUGUGAGAUGUCGAAGAUCGAGGCCACUAACAUCAGAAGAAGUUUUAGCAGCUCGCCAGGACAUAACAUGGCGACGGACAAGAUUCUGCAUUCUCGUCAUGUUCUGGUCACUAAUGGUCAUGUUCAUCUCCAUCAUCACUUAUCUCCUAUUCACCGCUUCAGGGUGUAACUCGUACGAAAAAAGUUUGGUACAAGCACCGACUGUUCCUCCCAUACAUAUGACGUUGGCGCCGCUGAUUUAUAGGAUUAACGACGAUAAGGUUUUUACUUUAUAA